AUGCCACUCGCACUUGGAACGGUGGCCGUUGCUGCGGCUCGCAACAACAGGCGCCAGACAAGCACCCGUGCUGUCCAACAACGUGCACCUCUACUGACAAACUUGGAGGAUGCCAUCCAGAACAAGUUGGAAGAGCGCUUGAAGAGGCAGCAUCAGAUCACCUCGGAGAUGCAGCGCAACAACGAUGCUUUCAAGAAGAAGUUGGAGGAAGAGUUGUCAUCUCACAUGCGCAUGAAGGAUCAAUUGAAGACCCGAAUUCGAGCGCUGCAGACCAUCUACGACGAUGCCAAUGACAAGUUGGAGCUCUCGCAGUCCUUGUCACAAAAGUCCAAGGACAGCUGCAGCGAGUUGGAAGACCAGGUUGGAAAACUGGAACGAAACCUCCGGGAAGUGGAGCAAAAGAACCGGGCUCGCAUCUCUCAACUGGAGGGCGAGUCGAAGGAGAAGGAGGUGAAGCUCGACCAGCUUACCAUGGCAACAGGACGUUUGCAUGAAAGCAUCAGGGAGCUGAAAGAUACUCGUGAGGUUGAAAGGAAGGAGGCUACAGAGCGGGACCAACAGAUCCGCCAGACUUUGCAACUGAAGCAGACGGCGCUUCAACAAGCCAUGCAUCAGAACGAGCAGGUUCAGACUGAGCUCCGAUCUUGUCGUGAUCAACUUGAAGCAUUGACGCAAAAGGUGGCAGCUGCUGAAGGAGCUCUGCUGGCGCAGAACAACAAAAACCAGGAAAUGGAGAGCCAGCUGAAGAUUGCUCGGGCCGACACAGCGCGCCUGACUUCGGAGGAGGAAAAGUUGCUGCGCGAGAAGAAGGUGGCUCUCGCUCGGGAGAAGCUGGUGCAGGACAGUUUUAAGAAGACCGAAGAGAGGGAGAAGGCCUUGAAGGAGAUCCUGCCACUGAUGGAGAAAGAUGAGAGGAAUCUGAAGGAUCGUAUCAGCAUGUUGGAGGGCCAGGCCACCAAUGAGAAAGUCCUGUCGUUUAAAUUGCAGGAGAGUGAGCAGGAGAAUUCGAAGCUGGCUGCGGAGGUGAAGAGAAUGCAGGAAGCGCUGAAGGCAAAAGAUGCUGAGAAGAUCCGGCUCACACAAGACAUCAAAAAGGCAGAGGAUGCCAGCGUUGCAGCAUCUCGUGAUGCUCAGGCGAAGCAGGCGGCCGCGGCUGAGGCGCAGAAGCAGAUGGAGGUGCGUGCUCAACAGCUCAUGGCAGCAGCCAAUGAAGCCAAGAUUUCCCGCGACAAGGCCAUCAAAGAAGCGCAGGAACUGCGAGCCGCUGCGGAUCAAGCCAAGUUUGCUGCGCUUCGUGCUGCUGACUAUGCUAAGGAACAGGCCCACAAGGAUGCCGCUGAUUUGGCGGCCAAAGCAAUUGCUGCAGCCAAAGCUGUGGAGGCGGCUUGUGCCAAUGAGGUGCAACUCUCCCAGCAAGCAGCACAAGCUCAACAGACUGUGCAGCAGUUCAGGUCGUUGACCGUGGACGAUUCAGAUCUGGACAUGUGUGAGAGGAGCUACGGUUCUGCAGCCGCUGUGGCAGCUUGUGGUGCCGCCUUCGUGCUGCCGAGCUGUCGAAGUUCUCCUUCAGUGGCUCGUGGUGUGCCAAGUAUCGAGGAUGCGGCUCCUGUUGCCGGUGUGAAAGGGUCUGCGGCUUUGGUCACCGCUGGCCUGACAACGGCUCUGGUUUUGGGAAAGCGACGUGUGGCUAGGUCGCGAGUCUUGAGCCGUGCCGAUCCUACAAGAUCUAAGCUGAUGCAGGAAGUUGACCAGGUUGGAAUCCAGCCAAAGGAUUACCUGGAGGCAUCAGAAAAGAAGAUGCCCAGCAAUGACAACGUGGCCUCUGGUGCACAGGAUGCAAAGAAAUCCGACAAUGGAGAGGUAGCAAAGACGGAGGAGAAGAAGCCUGAGGCGAAGACAGAGAAGAAGCCGGAGGAGAAGAAACCUGAGGAAAAGAAGCCAGAGGACAAGAAACCGGAGGAGAAGAAGCCGGAGGAAAAGAAACCGGAGGAGAAGAAGCCGGAGGAGAAGAAGCCAGAAGAGAAGAAGCCGGAAGAGAAGAAGCCGGAAGAGAAGAAGCCGGAGGAGAAGAAACCGGAGGAGAAGAAACCGGAGGAAAAGAAACCGGAGGAGAAGAAGCCGGAGGAGAAGAAGCCGGAGGAGAAGAAGCCGGAGGAGAAGAAACCGGAGGAGAAGAAACCGGAGGAGAAGAAGCCGGAGGAGAAGAAGCCGGAAGAGAAGAAACCGGAGGAAAAGAAGCCGGAGGAGAAGAAACCUGAGGAAAAGAAACCGGAGGAAAAGAAACCGGAGGAGAAGAAGCCGGAGGAGAAGAAGCCGGAGGAGAAGAAGCCGGAAGAGAAGAAGCCAGAAGAGAAGAAGCCGGAAGAGAAGAAACCGGAAGAGAAGAAGCCGGAGGAGAAGAAACCGGAGGAGAAGAAGCCGGAGGAGAAGAAGCCGGAGGAGAAGAAGCCGGAGGAGAAGAAGCCGGAGGAGAAGAAGCCGGAGGAGAAGAAGCCGGAGGAGAAGAAGCCGGAGGAGAAGAAACCGGAGGCCACGCCUGCACCACCGAAGGCUAAGUCAGAUGAUGUGGAUGUGCCAGGGCAACGACUGAGCAUGCACGUGGCCAACAUUGCUAGUCAGGACGGUGGUGAAGCAGCCUUGAAAGGAAUUCGCGAGUUCUUUGGAAGCCGAGAGGCAGAACUUGAGAAAGCAUUGGAAGCACAGAAAAUCAGGCAAGAGAAGAUUGUGAAGGAAAUGGAACGUCAAACUGAAGAGAUUCAGCAAAAAAUGGAGGCGCAAGUUGCAGCAGAAGUUCGCCAAGGCGAAGAACUGAGAGAAAGGAUUGAAGCGCUCCAGGAGACAUACACCAGCGUCAGUGACCAGCUGGAGAUGUCCCAGAUCUCCAACGAAAAGCUGCAGGUGGAUCGUGACAACUUGCGCAACGAUGUCCAGAGAUUGGAAGAGAUGCUUGAGGAAGAACGUGAACUGAAUGAAAAGGAGAGGAAGGAGGCUGAAGAAGAAGCCAAGAAAAAGCAGGAGCAGCUAGACAAGCUGAACCAGAAGAAAGAAGAGCUCUCCAUCACCGUGAGGGAGUUGGACAAACAGAUGCAGGCUGAGCGAGAAGGCGCAUCUAAGAAGGAGUCCAGCCUUCGGACAGAGCUUUCUGGGGUGGAAGAAGCGUUGACUUCAUCCCGGAAGGAAACUGGUCAGGUGCUUUCCGACCUGAAGGAAGCGCGCAAGGAAAACGCCUCGCUGAAAGAUAAGGUCCAAAACUUGGAUCAGAACUUGGCGGAUUCCAAAGCGGUGCAAGAGGCCCUCACUAAGAAGCUCCAGGAAGUGAUGGAGGAAGGUGCUCGCCUCAAGCAUGAGACUGAAAUCUUGAAGGCAGCAGCAGAGGUGGCAAAAGGACGCGAGGAAAAUUACAAGGCCAUGAUGGAGAAAUUUGCCGAGAAGAGCAAGGACUUGGAGCAGGGCAUGACCAAGUUGGAGGCAGAAAAUAAGCAACUCCUCGAGCGAAUCAGCCAGUUGGAAGUCGUUGCCGAGAACGAGAAGAAACUCUCCAAACAGUUGGAAUUGUCGACGUCUGAGAACGACAAGUUGGCUCAAGAGCUCCAGGAGUUGGAAUCAAGUCUUCAGAGGAAAGACAAGCACAUUGGCCAGCUCUCUUCGGAUUUGGAGGAGAGCCACAAGGAAAAGACACUCAUCAAGCAGAAGUCGAAAGAUUUCCAGGUGAAGGCAGAGAAGAAAUUCCGCCGGGAUGAGCAGAAGAUUUGGGACACCACUGAAAAGGUGGUUCAGGCCAAGGCAGAGACCAAGUAUGCUAUCAAGGAGGCAGAAAGAGCAAAGGAGGAAGCUGCAGCGGAGAAGAAACGCCUGGUCAAGGAAGCCGAGGCUGCCCGACAGGCCGCGGAUGCCAAGGUGAAGACUGAGGCUGAGAAGGCCGCCGAAGCUCAUGCUCGUGCUGACAAGGCACAAGCAGAACGAGAGAAGGCAUUGGUUGAGGCAGAAGAGACCAAGAAAAAGGCAGAGGAAGAGAAAAAAACGGCGAUCGCGAAGGCCGACGCAGCCAAAAAGGCAGCAGAAGACGAGGCUGCAAAACACAGCGAAGAUGCACAGAAAGCAAGAAAAGAAGCAGAGGCUGCGCACACGGAGAAGAAGAACGCCUUGACGGAUGCAGCAGCAACUAAGAAAGCAGCUGAAGAGGCCACACAGGCAGCGAUUCAGAAAGCCAAUGAGGCCAUUGCGGCUGCGGAUGCCAAAGUGGCAGACCAAUCCUCGAAGGCCAAACAGGCUCAGGAUGCGAUGGAGCAAGCCGAGGCUGCUAAAGAGAAAGCCUAUCAGGAGGCUUUGGCAGCUCGAAAAGCUGCAGAGGAAGCCAAGGUGGCGGAGCACGAAGCGCUUUCAGAGAUGAGGGAGCUGACCCAGAAGCAGGCCCAGGAUCUUGCAGCUAAAGCGUCUGCGGCCAAAGCGGCUGUGGAGGAAGCUCAGGCUGCUCAGCAGAAGCUCGUAGAGCAGGCGGCUGCUGCACGUCAGAAGGCCGAAGCAAAGGCAAAGCAGGCGGACAAUUUGAAGACGCCAAGUGCACAAAGAUGACUUUCAGGCCAAUGAAGUUGCAGGUGAACGCCGAGCCAAAUCUGCGGACAUGGCAUGCGCAUGCUUGCAUUCAAUUAGCAAUUUUCCCCACCAGAGGAGGCCAAAAGCGGGACAUUUUUUCUUCAUUUGCUCCUAUCAAGUGGCAUCAAGUGGCAUCAAGUGGCCCUCUUGGCCUCUUGUGUUAGUUUCUCCGUUGAUCCUGGCAAUGAGUCACAGUGACCAACGACUGGGUGCAGUGAAGAUUCGUAGUUUAGCAGGCCGUAGCAGACUCCCACAGCCUUGCCACGGAACAGGGCAAGUCGAAGUUUGCGCCAUUUGCGCCUGCAAUUUAAAACGUUUUCAGUAGUUUUCAGUUUCUUCAACACAGUGAUCUUCGAGUCGCCACAAACUGUAGAGAGACAACAGCUUUUGAGCGACGACUCGACGAACAUUUGGUGUUGAGCGUUCUCCGUAGCUUAGGCUGUGCGGCUGCGCUCUCUGGGGGAGACAUUUUCC